AUGCACAUCCUUCACCUACUCGCCGAGUACAGUGUGAUUAUGCUGGACGAUUUUCAUGAGAGAUCGACUCAGUUGGAUCUAUUGCUAAGUCUAUUGGUCACAAGAAUCAUGCCAAAGCGACCAAAACUAAGACUGAUUAUAUCGAGUGCUACUCUGGAUGCACUUAGCGUUCAGAAAUUUGUCGUAACGAUGUCAGUAGAAGGAAGGUGCUAUCCGGUCACCACUCAUUAUCUCACUGAAGCCUGUGCUAAUUAUGUGGCGACUGCGGUUGAGACGGUCAUCAGGAUCCAUACUAGCGAGGAAGUGCCUCCGUAUGGAGCCGACAUCCUGGUCUUUCUGACCGGUCAGGAGGAGAUCGAUGCUGCAGUAAAGUUGACGAAGGAGCGCAUCACUGAUUAUAAUCGUCCCAGUGGCGGCGGUCCCCUGGUCACCUUCGCCCUCCAUUCUGGCCUCCCUGUCGGUCUCCAACUCGAAGCAUUGAAACCUGUCUCACGUGGCAGCCGUAAAGUCGUGUAUUCCACCAACGUGGCGGAGAGCGGCGUUACUAUCCCCAAUGUCGGCUAUGUUGUCGACACGGGAUUCGUGAAGCAAGCCUUGGCAACGGUGCCUAACCACCACACACUUUUGGUCACGCCAUGCAGUAAAGAGCAGCUAGUUCAGCGGGCCGGCCGGGCUGGUCGAGUUUGCCCGGGAAUAUGCUAUCGACUGUUCUCUAAGUCUUCCCUCGGGGCCUUCCCGGACAAAACACUUCCGGAGAUCACUCGAACGCCCUCGCUUUCGUCAGUGUUGCUCCAAAUCAUAUCUCUGGGCGUUCGCAACGUUUGCUCUCUGCAGUGGUUGACCCCGCCAUCAGCACGAGCUAUGGAGGCAGCGCUUGAAGAACUACGCGUGUUAGGGUUCAUCGACGACAAAGGUAUCAUCGCAGACAAGCGUGCAGCUGAGUUGUUGCCAUUGAGUCCAGCUCAAGCCCGGCUCCUUCUGUUGUCUGUCGACUAUGGCUGCUCACUCGAAGCAGUGCAGCUCGCAGCUCUGAUGAGUAUUGACUCUAUUUGGGCCAGACCGCACAGCAGGAGUACUCGCGAGCGUCUAGCAGCGUGUAAGCGUUCACUUGGUGUCCAUGAAGGCGAUAUGCUAACAAUGAUUAACGUGUAUCGAGAAUGGCGGGAGAACGAGACGUCCCCUGAUGGUGACACAGACUGGGCUCAUCGCCAUAUGGUGCAUGUUGGAUCGAUGUCUCGGGCUGCUAAGAUCGCCAGUGUUGUUCGCCGACAGCUCUGUCAAGUUCUCAUUGAUUCUGGGAUGGAUGCUGCUAAAGCUCAGUCGAAGGUGGACGAGUCUUGCGGUGAUGAUAUCGAGCCGCUCUGUCGCUGCAUCUGUGGUGCUUUCGCAGCGAAUGCGGCCUCACAGGCACCUGUGACAGGACAGCAGAGUGUCCUCUAUGGUGUCCAGAGACCUCCAAACUAUGUCGUCUACAGCCAUGGCGUCGAUACUGGUUCUAACAAUGGUGCUUACGAGAUGAUUCACAUAAGCCAGAUCGACAGUCAAUGGCUGGUUGAUGUAGCGCCUACUCUUUAUCGACCUGUCAAGCGUAAGUAA